AUGUCCACAAAUGCAUCUUCUGUAGUGUUACUCACACUGGAAUCACUGGGUUUAUCUAAUGUAUCUAUGUAUCCUGCUUUUCUGCUUGGGACUUUAACAUACCUGUUUAUUAUGUUAUGUAACUUGUUGGUAUUAUUGGCUAUAGUUCAUAGUAAAAAGCUUCAGAAGCCCAUGUUUAUCCUGCUCCUUAACCUGCCCAUCAGUGACAUGGUGGGUGCUACAGCGUUCUUCCCUCAUAUUAUGCUCAGCAUCGUGACACAGAACAGACUCAUCUCACACCCUGCAUGUGUCAUACAGGCUUUCCUCAUUCAUGUGUACGGUACAGGGAACUUAUUAAUCCUGACUGCCAUGGCUUAUGACAGAUACAUCGCUAUAUGUUGUCCUUUAAGGUAUAACACCAUCAUGAGUCCAAAUAACCUGAUCAAAAUCCUUGUAAUAAUUUGGUUACUUAAUCUGUCAUUGAUGGGCACACUCAUUGCAAUGCUCUCACGCUUUAAACUCUGCAGGACUCAUAUUGUAGAUUUGUACUGUAACAACCCGUCUCUCUUAAAGCUGGUCUGUGGGGACACCAGAGUAAACAACUACUUUGGAUUAUUCACCAUAGCCAUAAUCCAAGGCGGGCCACUAGUGGUAAUAUUGUACACUUAUGGACAGAUUCUGCGUACAUGUGUUAUGAACAGUCAACCUGACGCCAGGAGGAAAGCCAUUCAGACAUGUGGCACGCAUUUAGUGGUUUGUUUAAUCCUAGAAAUCAAUACUUUCGUGACUCUCAUUGCUCACCGCAUCGAUAGUGUGUCACCUUUCAUGAGAAGGGCUCUCGGUGUGUCAGUUUUAGUUUUUCCCCCAUUUUUCGACCCGAUUAUUUACGGACUGAAAACAGCAGAACUCAAAGAGAGCAUUAAAAUGCUCCUAAGAAGAAACAUAGGAGCAACAAAGCCUUUUUAG